UCACACUCACACUCACACUCACACUCACACGCUCACACCCACACGCACACACAAACACAUUUCGCCAACCACAAGCCAUCCAUCACCAACCCGCAUAUUAUCCAACCAGUCAAGUAGGCUGCCCGUUCCUGGUGAGCGCACACGCGCGCGUGGAUGUGUGUGCAAGAGCAGCAGCACCCCGAAACAGCAGCACCAGCUACACCAACAAUGGGCGAUGAGAGAAUACGCAGCAGCACAGAUGAGGCUGCAUCACCCUCCCACAGCCGCUCAAGAAGGCAAUCCCAAGCCAUGCCGCGUGUGCGGGCUUCUGUCGACCUCUCCGCUGCUGGCUUCUCGGACGAGAGCUCCGCAUCGCGCUCAACAAGCCGUCGAAACUCAAGCCUCUUCCCCUCAACACAAGCAGCGACGUGCCCCAAGCCCGCAUCGUUCUUCCACCCUGCACCUGGCGCUGCUCGCAGGCGGUCCGGCCACCGUCGCAACAAGUCGUCCGAUUUGACCAUCGAGCUCAUGCGCUCCACACAGGGCGGCAUUCACAACAGCAGCGGCAACAGCAACAGCAGCAGUACGUACCGCCGUCACCCCGACGACCACAGCCCUCACGAUAGCUCAGAAUUCGGCGCCCUCGACGGCGGCAAGCGGUUUGCAUACAGCAUGCAGAACCUUUCCAAACUGACAUCUCCUUCCUCGCCACUCCUGCGAAGGCGCUCCAGCGGCGUGCCCGCCCCUCCAACAAAGUCGUUGUUGGAGCUCUCCAAAUCCAUUGACGGCCUGUCGAAACUGCUGCAGGAGCCCGGCCCUGCUGCGCCGCCACCACCGGCACCGUCACGCCGCCGGCGCUCGUCCCUGCGCCCGCUCUCCGACGCAGUUCUCUACGUGGACACGGGCGACGAUGUGGAUGACAAUGAAACGCUCAACAUUGCGACCUCGGAGCAGUUCUCCAAGUAUAACAAGCUGCCGGGUGUGCCGUCCCGCUCGCGGCGUCGCAGUAGCCAGGUGCCAGAUGCAAUGGAGAUUGACUCGCGCCUCGUCCUCGGACCCAUUGGCACAAACGACCACAAACUCCCUGAAUGGGUGGAAGAACACAUGCGUGACAUGUCCAUGAGUCCGUCGCAGAUGCAAAUUGCACAGGAGCGACUGCUGGCACAGGCGGCGGGCGAAGACAAAUUCACGCACACACACCCAGAUGAUGCUGACAAUGAUGAUGAUGAUGAUGAUGAUGGUGAUGAUGAGAUUGGACCUGACCUCGCGUUUACGUUCAACAGUGCCGACUUCCACCCUGACGACAGUGACGUGGAUGAUGACUUUUUUGGUGAUGGUGAUGAUGAAGAUGAUGGCCACGACAGCGUUGGCAAUGGCACCCGGUUUGAAGCAGCGGAGGGCCAGGCGUUGGUUGACCGUGGCGUGUCUCCCACGUUCGUUGCACGUGCAAACAAGAUGCGGCAGACGGCACGGCAAGCAAGAGUCUCCCUCUCGCGCACGUACAACCUCUCUGCUCCCGACAGAAUGAGUGCACACGCGUGGGGUGACGGGCAGGGCCUGGCUGAUGGCGAUGAUGACAGGGAUCACGCCGCCCACAGCACGACGCGGCGCGACAACGUUGGCGACAGUGACAAUGACGAUGGCGACGAGGACGGUGCUGUUGAUGGCAGUUAUCCUCGUGAUGAUGGGAGCAGUGGUAGUGACCGUGACGAUGCUGUGUCCGACAUGUAUGGAGAGGAAGUUGGUAUGGACUGCCCACACCCGCGCCGCCGCGCGCAGUUUGGUCUCGUCCCCACGCACAGCAGCAGCGACAAUGACAGCAGCGACAAUGAUGGCGAUGAGAAUGGUGGCGGUGAUGGUGAUGGUGGCAAUAGCAGUGGUGGUGCUGGACACGAUGGCUUGAGAGACGGGCGCGAUGGUGCCUGUGGUGAUGAUGCGCAGGGUCGCGCUGUCGACAGCAGUGGUGACGCAUCACAUGUCAAUCUCCGCUCAGAGACGAGCGAGCGCAUGCUGAGCAGUCGGCCAAUGGGACCACCGCACAAGCGCGGGGGCGGCGUGCUUGCAAGCAAUGGGCCACACGUGCGCGUGGACUCAUUUGAGGAUUCCUCAACUGAAGAUGCAAAGGAGAAUGCAGAGGAAGAUGGCGACAGCGAUAAGCCAGACGAGUCGAAGCAUGGGGCGUUGAGCGCUGAGGUCUCUGAUACCAGUGCGCGACUUUGGGGAAAUCAAGAACAGGAAACGCAUGGUAUGCAGGAGGAAGGGCACCACCACCACUUCCAGGACCAGCAGCAGCGGGACCAGCAGCAGCACACCCGUGUCAUGAGGGAUUGCGACGACGCUCGUCGUGGGCGAAGCGGCAACCUUUCAUCCAACGCUGCGCACUACAGCCCCAACUUGACCCGCACGCCUGCAUCGACGGCCUUGAAGAAGGGCGCCAGCUUUGCGUCGGUCAACCUCCUCACACCCGCAUCCCCGUCUGCUUCGCCGGCAACGAGUCGCAGCCUCACCAGCCGCGCCACCGCCAGCGUCAGUCCAACGGCAACGGCCAACUCCGUGUCGCCUUCGUCGUCAUCGCCGCGCCCUCCGUCGUCGCCAACAUCGACGCCGCAUUUUCGUCGGCGCUCGUUCCAGUUUGGCGCUGACAGCCAGCACAAGUGACCACCUGCUCUGUGUGUGAGUGUGUAUUUGUGUGUGUGGAGGUGUGUGUGUGGAGGUGUGUGUGUGGAGG